AUGUCUUUCCCUGCUGUCAUUGAGACUGUGGUCCGAUCUGCCAAACAACUGUCGUUCUUGAAAAACGUCAAAUGUGAAUUCCUCGUCACGACCUUCUACGUUCUCAUCGGAUGUGGUGCGACGAUUACCGGAAACACCCGAUGUAAGACGAACAGCGACGAACUGAAAGCAGCGAUCACUUUCGGGAUGCUUGCAGUGACGUUGAUGUUUUGGUCCCUUAGAACAAGCGGACUAGCCCAAAUGAAUCCCGCUAUUUCAAUCGCCAUGCUUUGCACGCGAAAGACUGACGUCAUCACAGCUUUGAUCAACAUUCUAGCGCAGUGUGUUGGGGCUAUAGCAGGGGCCGGAAUAGUGUACGGUGUGACCCCUGCUAGGUUUCACGAGUUACUGGGAGUGACGUACGUACACCCGGACAUCGAGGUCGGACAGGCGUUUGGAAUAGAGUUUCUAAUAACCUUUCUUAUGACGUAUUCGUACUUCGCAAGUCUCGAUUACCCAGGAUUCACUAGCAGUAUUCCUUUCGAAUUGGUGCCAGUUGGAUUUUCUAUUACUAUAGGGCAUACGUUCGGGUGGAAAUACACUGGUGCUAGCAUGAACCCUGCAAGAUCACUGGGACCAGCGGUUGUGUGCAAUUCAUGGGUGAACCACUGGGUUUACUGGGUGGGACCGAUCUUGGGCGCCAUUUUGGGCGGAAUCACAUUUGAAUACAGUCAUAUGACGUACUCGGAUAUCCGCCCCCUCAGACGCUCUAGCUCCUCUCACCUGGACCACGUGCAGCUCGAGGAACCUGCUGACAGCAAGGACAGCAUCGAACUGCCCACAGAGCUGACCUUUUCGUCCGUGGCACCUGAUGACCCGGAAGUGUAAAAAUGUGUUGACCGUGAAUACAGAUCACUGUUAAAAAAACCUGGGUGGCCGGAGAAUUAUUUCUAAAAGGAAUGUUGCUCCCAUAUUUUGGUGAACUAUAAUUAAUUGGGGAUAUCUCCAUUUAUUCGUAUGCUGUGUGAUUGUACUUCCACAUGAGCGCCAAAAUGUGACGUGAAGCUCAACAUGU